CGGGGCCGGCUGCGGAGGUUGCCAUGGGCGCGGCGGUGGCUGCUGCUGCUGCUGCUGGUGGUGCGUCGGGGUCUCGCUGGAGCCGGUGCCGGUGGGACCCUUGCGGGCUGCUCUGCCUUCUCCUGACCUACUUGAGCGUGGGCUACGCCGACUAUGUCAUCCUGCAGCACGUCCUCCUCCAGCCGGGCUUCCGGGGAAGUCUCUGGUGCCCCUUCCAUGCGGUGGCAUUCAACUUCAUCAUCAUGAUGCUCCUCGCCUGCCACUCCCGCGCUGUCUUUGCGGAUCCAGGCAUGGUCCCCCUCCCUGAUACUGCCCUUGACUUCUCUGACCUACGGAGCAGCAGCAGUGCAUCACACAAGAACAGCAGGGACUGGACAGUGUGUAACCGCUGCGAGACAUACCGGCCACCAAGGGCACACCACUGCCGAAUUUGUCAUCGCUGUGUGCGCCGCAUGGAUCAUCAUUGCCCUUGGAUCAACAACUGUGUUGGGGAACUCAACCAGAAAUAUUUCAUUCAGUUUCUCUUCUAUACAGGUUUGGCUAGCCUUUAUGCCAUGGGGCUGGUCUUGACCACUUGGCUGUGGCCGGCAGACAAGAGUUCAACAGGAAAAUCCGAAGUAGCAGAAGGAGGCGUUUCUGGCAACCGCAGCCAAAUUGCUCACCGUAUCAUCUUGCUGGUGGAAUCCAUCCUCUUUGGGCUCUUUGUCACGGUCAUAUUUUAUGACCAGCUGGUCUCUAUCAUCACGGAUGAGACCCCAAUUGAGCAGCUGCGGAAUCAGCUCCUGAAGAAAGCACACCAGGAGGUGUUACAUACGCGGAAGCCCAAGAUUGCCCUUCUGCGGGAGGUGUUCGGCCGAGGUUUUAUGAUCUGCUGGUUCUUCCCAUGUAACUGCAGCUAUUCUUCAGCCAGCGGUCCCUCCUACAGCUACUUGCCCAACUAUGAUGUGUGACGUUCUUGUAUUGCCCUUGGGAAAGUUUCCCUUUUUGCUCUGCUUGCACAUGUGCUGUCUUUCUCGUUCUUGAUGGGAGCAUCACUUGCAUCCAGAUUCAUUUGCUACAGCCUGCAGAGAAGAUAGCAUCUGCAACGUCUGACCUUGCCAUCCUGGAGGGAUGACCAUGUCCCAUAAGUAUUGGAUAUCUCUGCCCUAGUGGAUAUAAGUGCUGUUGCAUUUCUUCUUCAUCCUUUAAGAUGAAGGUCACCAGGAGAACUUUUUUCUGAACUCCUUCCUUGCCAGUGCGCAUUUCAGAACUGUGAUGUUGCUUACAGCAAGCUCUGUGCUGAGAUCCUCCCACUUGAACAAUUCGUCUGAGUCUCAUCUUGGAUCAUACUGUCCUUACCUUAUCUGGGUUUGGAUACAGUCAUCCAGAGGGAUCAUGUAUAUAUAUUACCCCAGUCUACAAGAACAAGGAAUUCAAGAGUAUUUUUAGCUUUUUGCUGAUUCCUAAUGUGUCAUUUACAAGCUAGUAUGUUUCUCUAGGGACCUGUGCUCUCUACCCAGUAGAGAGUACAUCUCUGUUCUUGUCCACCUGGCUGCAUAACCCAAAAUGAAAGAUGGCGUGGUAAAGAGAGAAUUCCUCACGGGUGGCUAUCAAGAGCAAGUAAUGCUUCAUUACACAUUAUCCACAUCCAGGUCCUCUUCUGUUGGCUUUUAGUCCCCACCCAAUCCCUGGUGCAGCUUUUUCAGGGUUUGAAAACAGUCCUAGUAUGUGCUAGUGGGAAGAAAAAAAAGAAAAGACUGGCUGCAUUUUUAGUUAUUCCCUGCAGGUAAUUUCUGACAUUGAUGUUUAGCAUGGUAAAAGCAUACCUUUUGCUAUUUUGCACAUUUCUUCCUGGGGGAUUGCAGUUUCCCCUCAAAGGAUAAUCCCAGAAUUCUACGUGGUCCUUGAAAAUAAAAGGUUAGUCUUACAGCAAGUCUGGGAAACAUGUGGCCACCUCCAUUGGUUCUGGCUAGACUUUGGAGUUGAAAUCUAACAUCUGGCUUACAUUGUUGUUAAGGAUGGGAUGUCUGAAUUAAUAAUAACUGAAGAACAGUAAACUCUUUUCAUUAGGGCAGCUUGCCCUAUCAUGAAACUUGUCAAAGAACAGGAGUUGAGUUGCAUGUGUAAUCUACUACCGAGCCUAUCACCUGCUUCUCUUCUCUAGCUUUUUAUCUGCAUCCCCGCUGUCCCUAUGCCCUGUUUGAGUUUGUUUAUUAUUUAUAUUAGGGCUAAAUUCCCUAAAUGCACCAGGUCCUGUCUGAUCUUAGAAUCUAAGCAAGGUCAGCUCUGGUUAGUACUUGGAUAGGAGGCUGCCAAGGAAUACCUGCAGCUUAAGCUAUGUUUCAAAGGAAGGAACUGGCAAAACCACCUCUGGGUUUCUUGCCUAAGAAAUGCAUAGGGAUCUGAGAAAUGCAUAGGGAUCAUCAUUUAGUUGACCGGCAACUUGAACAGUCAACGUGAAUGCACAUACACCUUAUUUAUUCUAUUUGGGUAAUACCACCUAGUCACAAUAAUGAGCUAUACAAGUCAGAUAGUUAAUUCGUGUGUGUGUGCACGCGCACCUUAAAGUCUGGCACUUGUAAGAAAGGUAUUCUUCCUUUUCUCACCUGGAAGGUAAAGCCUCUUCUGAGAUUAUGUACAAUACAUUCAUAAUAAUCAUAAUAAAACCCCAAAGCAAAUAGGCCUCUUGUUUCAGCAACAUCACCAUUGUAUGUUGUGGACUUUGCACAGUUGGAGGCUGUUGUGUUUGGGGGCAGGUUGUGACCAAGUCAAGAGCUCUUCCCUUCACCAAACUCUUCAUCAACAAGGGAGUUAAAUGGGCUAGCCCUAAACCUUCCAUACUUUCCUUCCAAAUGCACUUAUCCAUGUAACUUUUGUUCUGUCUGGCAGACUUUGAAAGCAGUGGUUUACCUGUCUCAGAUUCUUUUCUCUUAUGUAUUCUCAUCACUUUAGGAUUGCUCUGUCUAUGAUUUAUGUUAAUUAAUUCAAAAUGACUUUAUUCGGGUCUCAGUUUUAUUUCCAGUGAAAGAAAAAUAAAAUGAGACGAUUUCCAAGUGGGCAGAGAAAGGUAUAUUAUGUUUUAGAACAAUUCUUCCUUCAGGCGCACUCUUGAAUAAUCAGAGCUUGGAAAGAUGACUGCUUUGGGUUGAAUCCCAUACUCUCUGGGCUUUGUAGUCCAAAGAAUGAACACAACCAGGCUCUAAAUAAAAGUUCUCAAAUCUGGUUUGUGGCUGAGCCCAAGGGCAAAUCUUUCCCAUUUCUGUCCCCAGUAGUUAAUGCCUUUGCACUUGUUUCAACACAAGAAGUUAUCAAGCACUACAACUUGCACAUAUUCAACUUUACUUGGUGUCUUUACCUCUGCCAUGGUUUGUGUGUGGAUAGGGCUUCUGUACAGUAUCUACAAUGGGAUUUCAUUGUGAUAAUUUUCUACCUUGAACUAAAAAUCUAGACCACUUGUUAACGUUUUCUUUACAUUAACUAAAAAUGGAUGUCUAACCCAGAAUGGGAAAAUAUUCAUGGAAACCAUGCUGCAAAUAUUUCAAAUGCCAGGUGAUAAAGUGAUGUGUCCUCCUCAAACAAUUCUUCAUUGGCAGAACCAAGAAAACUUGUGAGGUUUGGAAAUGUCUCACCGUUUUGGGUCAGUGGUGAUGCCACAAUUCCAACCUUUUCAAUCCCUGUUUGAAAAACUAACUUGUUCUCCUUGAAGGUAUAAAUUGGGCAUAUUUAAAUAGAUGGAGAUAUCUGACAGGUGUGCUAAUUUUACUAAACAGGACAAAUCUGACAGAUGCUCACAGAGGUGAAAUUACCACUCCGUGAAGAAUAACCUCCCAAAAAUGAGAUAAAACUUUACCUUUUUGCUUUACGUGUAGCAAAAAUUUGAUGGUGUUUACUGGGCAUAUCCUUGCAAAACUGCUCUAAAGUCUUGAAUUCAAAGAUUUUAUUUUUUAUAAAACUGACAAUUUUGACAUUAAUUUAAGGUCUGUUUCACGUUUUCUGUUCUCUUAUUAGCAACAAGAGCUUGCCUAUCUAUGCAGCAAUGAUACAACGUCACUGACAAUAUGAUUUCCAGUAAGCUUUUCAAACACGCGUGCCCUGUCUGUGCUAAUUCCAACUCCUUUCAACCAAUCCAUGUCAUGAGAAGUUAUAAAAUUUUAAAGUUAUAACUCAUUUAAUCUGUUAAAAACCAUUUUAGCUAUAAUGUGUACCAAUGAGGAAAUGAUAGUAAGUGUUCAAAAAUAGUUCUCUCAUUCUCAUAUCUAAGGUAGCACAAUAAGGCCAGUUUGUUUCUUAUUUCUGUGCUUUCAUCCAGUUGCAGAGCAAAGUAGAGGGACAUGCAAAUCCUUGUUAAUGGUUGACAUAUCACCAAUUCAGUUCAUAACUGUGUCAUUUGAUGAAAGUAUUCUGGAAAGAUCCUUGGCAGCUUUCUCAUUGAUCAAGGCAGAAUAUGAUUUUCACAGCAAUAAUAUAAUUUCUUCAGUUUAUGUGGUUCUCUGGUUUUUGCUGUUAGUCAAGAAACUUCAAAUGAUGCCCUCACUGCAUUUUCAUUGUUAAAACCAGUUGAAGUUUUGACACAGUUUCCUUACUUUCCUGAAGCUGCUACUUCUAACUUUAAAAAAAAUCUGAUGCUCUUUGUGACAUGUUGGGUUUUGUUGUUGUUGUUAAGUAUUAAAUAUUGAGAUGUCUUCA